CUAGCUGCACCAUUUUUCAAUCUGGAUGUCAAUGUUGUUAGUUUUACUGGAGUUUGCCGAACUACAGCUGCACUGCCAUUCAUCCCGCUGACUUCCGCGCUGGGUCGCAACUAAGCGACUGGCGAUGUCCUCAACACCCACAACAACACCUUCCUCCUCUAAAGCACUUAUUACCGGCCCAUCAUCGGGAGAUGUACCUCAAUAUUCGCUCAAUCGGCAAGUUGUUUUGGAGGAAGAUGAAUACACAUCUGCUUUGUCGAAGAUCAUAGCUCGAGACUUCUUCCCUUCUCUUGCCCACCUAGAUGCCACUAACUCCUACCUGUCUGCAUUGGACUCGCAAGACCAAGAUCGGAUCGAACAGACUGUUAAGCGCCUUGUAGACUUGAAGGCCACACCAGUUGCUCGUAGCUCUUGGGGCCAAGACACACCGUACGCUCAAGGGCCAUCUGAUACUCCACUUCGUACGCCUCGUAGAGAGGAUGGAUCUAGUUCUUCGAAAAAACUGCGCAUUGAUACAUAUUUGUCACUCGACGCCUUCCAAGCCAAAUACACUUCUGAGGAUAAUGCUUCAUUCACUGAUAUAUUGGAUGAAGAGAAUAAGAAGAGGAGAGAGAAGUACUGGUGGGCUUGGGACGCUGAGCGCAAAGUUAAUGAGAGCAAAGUGAAGGAAAUUGAAGGCCGAGACAGGUUAUUGCUAACGAACAGUGUUGCGCCGUCCACGAUCCAGCGGCAAAUUGAGGGGAAGGAACCAUCUGGAGCUGAAGAGGACGGGGGGGAUGUUAAGUCAUCGUCAGGCACUCUCAUCAUCCGCGCGAACGGCAACCAAUCGGGGGACGAACCAAACAAGCCAGUGGACGUGAUGGCGCCGAGAAAGGAUAUGCGCUCAGCCAGUGUCCCAGGCUGGCGAUUUAAGGCUCGAAACUCGCUUAUGUUUACCCCCGAUGCAGAUGCAUCACCAUAUCAUCCUCCAUCUUCGGUUCCUCCUUCCACCGGCAAUGAGCCACCGAAGGAGGUUCGACACGCGAAUACUCGCCUUCCCGAACAAUCAGAAGAAGUUCCUUCCUCGUCCGUACCGCCGAGUCCUACUAGAAGUCGUGUCGCUGCUGCGAUCAUGGGCACUCCUUAUCACAAAGAUGGAGGUGAGACACCUAAAGUGCAAGGUUUCGGGCUUGCAAUGAAGGAGUUGAUGACAUGGGGAACUCUUCUUGGAACUCCACGAGUCAUUCAGAAUGGGGAUGAUCUUGAUCCGUCGACCUUCAUUCCUUCGCCUUUCAAGGUACCGGAACCAUCUAAACGUGAUGAAUUGGGUCGACGCCUAGGCGUUCAGGCUUCAAAGUCGUUGCGUGAGAAGGCAACCCUGCUUUCUGCCCCCUCUUCCACUCCGCGCAAACGCAAAGCAGCUGGAGACAUGCCCCCACCCGCAUUCACACCUCGACGAGUCGCUCAAACUGAUAUGUUAAGUCCUGCCGCCCGGAACCUCCUUGGGCGAACAAAAAGUGGUGUUGGGCUGGGAUUGGACGCGACGACUGCACGGUCGGACCCGUCAUCUUCCCACCCGCAGCCUCAGGGGAAGGAGCUUGAUUUGCGGAAAGUUGGUUGGAGCCCGAUGAACACCCCAGUAACGAGUAACACUCGGCGUCGGUAGCCCUUCGACAUUCACAUCGCAUCUGUAUGAUCACCAUGUUAUCAUUAUUUUCAUUAAUGACUCUGUCAGUCCUACCUAAACGAAUAAA